UCUCGCGAUACCGGGCAGGGCGAUGGCAGGCCGGCUGGUAGCCGAGGGCCGACUGAGCGCCGGCUCCUUCGCGCUUGGAGUGUCGGUCACCUUGGUACCGGGGAUUAGUGGGGUCCAGUCCGGCUUCAUCACCCGCGCACUGCUCGGUACUUACCUGGCUGUCAUUAACGUCCUGUUACUGCUGCUAUACCGGGGUCUCCAUUACCAGGUUGCUGUGAGGGCCUGUUUCCUUGGCUUUGUUUGUGGCUGUGGUUUAUUACUGAGUUUUGGAGGAUCAUCAUGGCAACACUUUGGCUGGUACUUGUGCUCUUUGAGUUUUUUCCAUUAUUCAGAAUUCCUGGUAACCGCGGUUAUCAAUCCCAAGUCCCUCUCACUCGACUCCUUCCUGCUAAAUCAUAGUGUGGAAUAUAAGCUUGCAGCCAUGUCAUCCUGGGUGGAAUUCACGAUCGAGAAACUUCUCUUUCCAGGCCUGAAGCAGAUCACGUGGCUCAGUUUCUUCGGUUUGCUGAUGGUCCUGGUUGGAGAGUCGCUACGCAAGGCAGCCAUGCUGACUGCUGGGUCAAACUUCAAUCAUAUUGUACAGAAUGAGAAGGCUGAGACCCACAGACUUGUCACCACUGGAGUCUACUCCUGGUCCAGACACCCCUCUUACGUGGGAUGGUUUUACUGGAGUAUCGGCACUCAGGUCAUUUUGUGUAACCCCAUCUGCAUUGUAGGAUACACGCUGGCUUCGUGGCGUUUCUUCCGUGAACGCAUUGAGGAAGAGGAAAUGACCCUGAUUCAAUUUUUCGGCGAAGACUAUGAGCAAUACAAGAAGCGGAUUCCAACACGGCUUCCUUUCAUCAAAGGUGCCAAAUUAGAGCCAUGAAGUGAGAAGAGGUGGGAAGAGAGAAAUGCGCAAUCAAAACGGACCGUGAAUACAUGGGCUACCGUUUAAUCCUUAGCACCUGAAUAUUGUUUGAUUUCAGCUUUGAAAAGAAUUCCAUGGCUGUUGCUGUUGAGAAAUCGUUAGCUAGCUUCAGUCUGUUAGAGCAAGGAUGCGGUGCUGCAGAGGGCUUAUCUGUUCAGGGAUGCUGUGUUGUGGAUGGUGGGGCCUGGAAACACAGUGCGAAUUGUAGAGGCCACUCUCUGCAGCUACUGCUUUGACAAAGCCAUUCGUUAUAAACUUGGUACUUCACCUAAAGACUGUUCGUUUUUGACCAAAAAACAAGUCCAUGGAGGGCUGCUUUAUACUGUGUAGGGAUGCUGCAGUAUUGCAAUAUACCAACAUAUUGUAUCAGGAAAGUAAUUUCCAUAACUAUCAGUCUCUUACUGUAAACAGAGGAUAAUCAUGGUUUGUAGAAAAUAGUUACAACUGCUUUUUAUUUUCUCUGGACCAAAAUGUGUUGCAUCUUAUACAGAAAGAUGUUAAAAUUAGUGAUAUUUUACAUUGAGCUUUUUUAAAAAAUGACUCGACCAGUCUUUCACCUCUGGGUUCCAGUUACGCAUCCAGCCAGGCUGAUGGAAUGAACGUUUCCUCUACCAAGGGCCCUUCAUGAAAUGUGUUUCUACUGGGCCUGGGCUCGUUUCUCAAAAUCUACAACAUUUUGGAUGAAUUGAACUACGUUGGCAUUUUCACUGAAGAGAAGUGAGCUGGUUGUACUGGUGCAAUCAAGAGUGCCCUUCUGACGUUAGAGCUGAGGCACAUUGUUGGAAUAGUGUAGAGGGAGCUUUACUCUAUCUAUCAAGUACUGUACCAGCCUGGGAGUGUUUGUUGGGUGGUGUAGCAGGAGCUUUGCUCUGCAUCUAAUCCUUGUGGUACCUGACUUGGGACAGCUAUGGGUACCUGAAACAAAAGUGUCCCAUUCCCCAGCAAUGACAUCCCUCACCUUGAUGAGAAAAAUGUGCACAAAAAAUGACCACAUUCUGUUGAGUACAGUUUAUUACCUCUGCAUGGUUGAGGGAGAGGGAAGGGAAAAGCAAAACUUAAAUAUGAAAAGUAAAAACUGUAAAUGCUGGAAAUCUGAAAUAAAAAUGGAUGCUUACCUGAAAUAUUAAGCUGUCCUUCCUCUUUUGCAUGCUGACUGACUCACUGUGCUUUCCAGCAUUUUCUAGUUUUUCUAACAACAUGUUUGAUUCUAAGUCUAGCUCUGAGUUACCAUAAACAGGAGCAAGAUAUAUUCAAGGGUGUGGAGAUUUCAUGGAAAUGUUCAUAUUAAGGUUUCCUUUUGGAAUCCAAAAGCAAGUAUCUUUCAAAUUAAAGAAAAAUUCUGCGUCAAAGCAC